GGAAACAUAAACACAGUAGCUUCAACAUGCAUUCCUGAAUCAUUUAUAAUAGAAUAAAAAGGUGAUAUUCACAUAUUAACUUUUCAACAACAUUCACGAAAUGGAAAAGAAGGCAUAUUGAGAGAUGAAUGAAAUGGUAAUUUGAUUCUCUGAUGACAUGGAAUCAAGUUUUAAUCUAUUCUUGUAUAAUGUAUAAGUUUUAUUCUAUUCGAUUUCUUGUUGGUGAAUUCAAUGUUGAGAAUAGGAAAGUUGAAUCAUGUGGAGGCGAGGGUGUCUUUGAUAGAGCAAUGGAUUUUCCUCCGAAGAUUGUCUCUGUGGUCGAUGAAGAAGGAAGCAGAGUUAGAAUCGGCACUCUCACGCAAUCGACGAUGGGUAGUUAACAACCAGAUAAAGAACAUCAUCCUCCGCUACCCCAACAACGAAAUCCCCAUCGAAACCCUUCAGAAGAAGUUCAAAACCCUCGAUCUGCAAGGAAAAGCCCUCAACUGGCUCUCUAAGUACCCAUGCUGCUUCCAAAUCCACGAUAACCGCUGCCGCCUCACCAAACGCAUGAUGAACCUCGUCGCACAGGAACACUCCCUCAUCGACUCCCUCCAAUCCCUCUUCGCUCGCCGCUUGGCCAAACUUCUCAUGCUAACUGCCCGCAACAGACUCACCGCCCUCAAAAUCAACGAAUUCAAACGCGCGUUCGGCUUCCCCGAUGAUUACGUAAUCAGGAUACUGCCCAACUACCCUAAUUUGUUCCGUAUCGUCAACGAGAGCGGCAGGAGGAACUCCAUGGCCAUUGAGUUGCUGCAUUGGGACCCUGACCUCGCAGUCUCCGCCGUCGAAUCCUCCGCUGCGAAGCACGGUACGCCGCCACAUUUUUCAUGUUCUUUGCCGUCUAGUUGGGUGAAAUCCUGGGAGAGAUUUCGCGAAUUUGACGAAACUCCUUACAUUUCGCCGUAUUCGGAUCCUCGAGGUUUGGUGGAGGGGUCCAAGGAGAUGGAGAAGAGGAAUGUUGGUUUGGUGCAUGAGUUGUUGUCUUUGACUCUUUGGAAGAAGGCUUCAAUUGUGAAGUUGGGGCAUUUUAGGAGGGAGUUCCUUUUGCCUGAUAGGUUGAAUGUGUUGUUGCUCAAGCACCCUGGGAUUUUCUAUGUUUCCAAUAAGUAUAAGAUUUACACUGUGCUUCUUAGGGAGGCCUAUGUCGGGUCUCAGCUUGUGGAUAAGGAUCCUUUGGUCGUUAUGAAGGAGAAGUUUGGGGAGUUGAUGGAGGAGGGGCUUCAUGAAUACAAUCAGAGGCGUCGCCUCCUCAAUGUGGAAAAGAGGAGGAAGUUAGGGGUUCCAUUGAUUAGUGUAGAUGGUGCAAAGGGUAGAAGGAGAAGUCACGAAGUUGAUGAUGAUGGUGGUGAUAGUAACGGUGGAGAUAGUAAGGUGGGAGGGUUAUUUGACCCUGAAGAAAGAAAACGGUUUUAUAGAGUUCUCUUUGAUGAUGAUGUUUCUUGAAAUUCAACCUUGGUGUAUAGAUUGUGCGUUUGAUUUGCGUAGUUUACUGCAUGGAUAACAGUUGCAUCCUUCCAAUAGUAGAUUCAGAAUACAAGAUACUAAAGCCUAACAUUUUCCUAAAGUACGUUCUACAUGGUUAUUCAAUCAUGCUCUUAGAUAUUCUACCUUCUUUUCCAGUAAAUAAUUGCAUGCCACAUUCUCCAAAAUGAACUGGGGGCAGAAUGAUCUACAAACACCUACUCUCUGUAGGUUGUAAGCUGUUUAAGCCUUUAAUGGCCUGUACUACAUUUACUUAUCCACCGAAUUCAUCAAGUCUUAACCUGAAUUCUUUCUGUACUAGAUUCUCAUUAAAAGAAUGGUAAGCUGCAGUUGCCAUUUUGUCAAUGCUUCUUUAAUUCUCAGUAGGUUCAUUUUUUUCUUCAUGUUUUGGUUCUCCGUUGUCUUGACAUCUAUUUAAAAACAGAGGGGACAACGAAGAUAUUGUUCUGUGUGUGAAUGGGAAAGUUCCAAUGUCGAUUUUGUGUGCCUAUACAGUUAGAAUGAGUUGUGCUACUAUUAUCAGCCUUCACAUUGUUAUUAUUUACAUUUCUAGCUUUUCCCCUUGUCAUUGAAGUUUCAUGUCUUUACAUUUAGAAAGGAAAGUCAGUUUGUUUACUAAUCUCACAAUUGUUUUGUGCUUCUUUGGCUUGAGCUUGAGAAAUGAAUUGACAGCAAUCUAGAUCUAGAAUUUGUAUAUCCGUCUGCUCCAAAAUAAUUAGAUGAUUUUAGAAGGAAGGCUGUCUUUUCUUAAAGCUGUGAACUGCAAUAGAGCUUAUGUUUCAAGUAUGUUAAACUAUGAACUACUUUUUUCUUGUGGAGGGGGAAUUAAUUAUUACAUAGUUAGUCUGUCACUUCCAACAAUGAUUAGCUAUCGUAAGGAAAGGAUACUUGUGAAUUUGCGUUGGUUUCUAAGUUGUUAUAGUCGCAUUACAAAUUGAUUCUGUUAUUGCAUACACGGUUUUGUUUUCUUCUAUAACUUGGUUUAAACUGACGGUGGACUACCAUCUCAUGUGCUUCCUCUCAUUAUUCUUACUGUUAAUUUGAAAAAUGCAGUUUUCUUUGUAUUUGUUUCUUAUAUUUUAAGAUUAUCCUUCUUCUCCUUUUCUCCCUUUUGACGAUUGUUGUGCAGGAAAUUGUAAAGUUCUCUUGGGAAUGCUUGUCCGUAAUGUAUUUGAUUAAAGGAGUAAUUUAUAGGACAAUGAUAUUUUGAAACUCAAAUUUUUAACACCGAUUUGACAGAAUUCCUUACUA